AUGGCUGAGUGGGUGGGCCGUGGAGGGAUUCCCCCGUACCCAUCACCUGACCACUUCUCAUCCUACGACCCCCGCGAUGUUGGCUUCUGUGGGGAGGACCGGUUUGGUCAGCCGCGGUACGGUGGCGACUGGAGGGACGACAGACGAGAUGACAACCGAGGCGACUUCGUCGGGGUUCACGAAUGGGAUCUUGCGAGCGCUAGUCCGUCACCCCCGUUAGUCGGGCCUCCGUCGGGCCAACCCUCCGUCUACUUCGUCCGGGCAGAGCACGCGAAGCCAUCGAGCCCGCCACUACCACUCCUACACCCGAAACCGCAAGCCCAUAAGCAUCAGCUUCAGAGCCCGGGGUCCUACGCACCGCUCAUGGAGAGGACCUCGUCCGGCAUCUCCAUCUCCACCGACCCCCUCCCGGAAUGUUCGUGCUGUUGCACCAAGGAUGAGAACGACCUGGAACUCCUGACGGACGAGGAGGCCGCACGGAUCGUGGUGGAGCAAAAGGCCGACUUCCUCCGCCGGCACCCAGACUCGGCUCACGAGCGGAUCCUCCGGAGCCUUGUGCACCCACGCGCGGCCGAGGCCGACUUCGAGCUCGACGACGCCGCCCUUGGAAGCCUGUUCUCAGCCACAAACGAGAUCUUCUUCGGUGGCCGCCUAACCAGCCGCGUCGACUGGGACUGGUCACACUGGUCCACGGGCGACAAGUACGCAGCCAAGAUCAUUGGCACAACGGCCAUGCGGCGUUCGCGGCGCCUGAUUGGCUACGAGACUCUCAUCGUCUUGUCUUCGCCCAUCCUACGCGACGCCCGCUAUAGCCGCCGCCUCCUCAUCUCAACCUUCCUACACGAGCUCAUCCACAGCUACCUCUUUAUCAUGUGUGGCCACCGCGCCCGCCUCUGUGGCGGCCACACGACGGGGUUCAGGAAAAUCGCGAGCCUGAUCGACGACUUUGCCGGGCCGGGGACACUACACCUGCGCGAGAUGGAGGCCGACCUAGAGCGCUUCCGUCUCCCGCCCAAGGGCCAGGCCCUAUCCCCGCCCCUGCAGCAGCAAUACCAGUACCACCACCAGGUUCAAGAGCAGCAUCAUCAUUACCACCAUCACCACCACCACUAUCAUCACCACAACCCCCGCAAGCAUCAGCAGUACCCUCAUGCCGCGAACUGCAACUACGAUCGCCCAUGCUGCGACGGCGGCGGCUGGGAAGUGGGCGGCUCCCACGACGAGUGGGAUUGCGCCAUCAUGCCGCAACAACAGCAGCUGCAGCAGCUGCCUCCUGUGGUCUCGCGAUCACCGCUGGCCCUGUCCAUGGGCCAGCAUACGUUUGGGCCACAGCGUGAUCUGUGGUAA